AGCGAAAGCGCCCUUCUCCGCUCCAUCCACGACUCGCAUGCCGCCAAAGCGUGGCGCUGCCGAGAGAGGCGCGCCUUCCAAGCAGCCGCGGGGCGGCCGACGCGAUGAGGACGAGGAGUUGUUUGGCGGGACGGGCGGCGACUCGCUCGGCAUCCAAACAGGCGUGACCGACAUCACCUCACAGGCCGAUGAGGUGGACGGAUGGCUCGACGCGCUCGACGGCCUGACCAAGGGCAAGAGGGAGGCGCGCGAGGCCUUCCUCAGCGUCAAGGCCCACAUCGAGCGCGCGCGCCCCGCCGUCUCGCAGCUCGUCGACAAAGCCGAGGCCAAGGCGCGCGAGGCCGACAAGUGGAAGAAGCAGUACGAGAAGGCGUGCCGGAGGCACAGCGACCAGGUCGCCGAGCUCGACGCCGAGCGCGAGUCGCACAACAAGCUCCGCCAGGCAAACGCGAUCACCAAGCAGGAGCACAAGCUACUCGUCAAGCAAAUCGACAAGUACCGCGAUCGCGCAGAGGCAGCGGAGCACGCGCUCUCGCGGCGGCAGGCCGGCAGCGCCGGCGGCUCCGUCGCGCCGACCGCGCCGCCCACACCGGCCGCGUCGCUCUCGGAGCGCUCCGCUGCGGCCGCCAACAAGUCGCCCCUCGCCCGCCCUUCCCCCGCCGUUAGCCGCAAGGGCGCGUCCGCCAGCCGGAGCGAUGCGCAGCCGCCCGCGCCGUCCGCCUCCCUAUGCGGCGGCGGCGGCGGCGGACCGCAGAGGCCGAAGCGCGCGCGGUCGGCGGUCCACCGCUUCGAAGCGGAGCCAGCGCGCGCAGCGUGGAGCUCGGCGGCGUGCGGCGACGGCGGCGGCGCCACCUCGGCCAAGGCCUCCCCCGCAAGGAGCUCGGCCAAGGCGUCGGCGGCGGGCUCGGCGAGGCCCUCCCCUGCGCGCGCGGCGGCGAGGGCGCGGCAGCCAGAGCCGUGCACAUGGCAGCCGGCAGAGCCAGGCACGUCCGCGGCGGCGAGGCCGGCGGCGGCGGGGCAGCGCGUCAAGUGGAGCGAGGGCGAGAUCGCGACGCUUCAGCGCGGGAUUGAGCUCUUCGGCGACAGCUCGUGGGCCGACAUCCACCGCUGGGGACACGGCACCACGGAGGACGCCGAGCAGCCGGACGUCCUCUUCGCGCCUAAGCGGAGCCAGGUCGACCUCAAGGACAAGGCGCGCUGGCUCGAGAAGCAGGCGUACAAGCAGAGCGUGCACGGCACUCGCUGAGGAGGCGCGCGGCGGCGACUCGGCCACGCCGCUCGCGGGGGGAGUGGCGGCGGCAACGGAGAGAGAGAGAGAAAAGGAGGGAGGGGCGGUGGCGGCGCAGCGGCGGCGACGGCGCAGCGGCGGCGACGGCGCAGCGGCGGCGGCGAAUAGGCCCAUCUGGCAUGUACCUCUGUGCGUUGCAGGAAGCAGGAGAGGGCGGGAGAGAGACCGCUGCGGUCGGGGAUUUGUGCGGCUAGCCCCAGCGCCCAUGAGGUCGCUUCUCGCUGUCGGCCCAGGCGCGACUUAAUUGCCUGUUUGUAGAUAUGGUUCCGCGCCGCGGUGAGGCCGGGAAGAGGGAGGAAGGGCAGUACAAUACAUGUCCACAAUCGCAUAUGUUGUGUGUGAGAGAUAUGUGUGUGUGUGUGUAUGAACGGGGUUGUAAUGAAGCUCGUGAAGGC